AUGUCAGAUUCCAACACCACCCACUUCAGUAAUCCCUCCAACUUCAUCCUGCUGGGCUUUCCUGGCCUGGAGACAGCCUACGCCUGGAUCUCCAUCCCCUUCUGCAGCACAUACACCAUAUCCGUGCUGGGGAAUUUCACCAUCCUGUUCAUUGUCAAGAGGGAGCUGAGCCUCCAUGAGCCCAUGUACUAUUUCCUCUGCAUGCUGGCCGUCACCGACCUGGUCUUGCAGUGGCCGUACUGCAGAACCAACAUCAUCCCCCACACGUACUGUGAGCACUUGUCUGUGCUGAAGCUGGCCUGUGCUGACACACGUUCCUAUGGCCUCUUCGUGAUAUUCUUUGUGACGGGCCAAGAUGUGUUUUUUAUCAUGAUAUCCUAUACCCAGAUCCUCAGGGCCGUCUUCAGCCUCCCCACCAAAGAUGCUUGGCUCAAGACUUUUGGGACGUGUAGCGCUCACUUUUCGGCCAUUUUAGCUUUCUACAUUCCAGCUCUCUUCUCCUAUCUCACGCACCGGUUUGGCCACAAUGUGGCCCUGCAUUUCCACGUACUCAUUGGCAGCAUCUACAUCCUUGUGCCCCCCAUGCUGAACCCCAUCAUCUAUGGGGUCCAGGGCUUCCUUCUCAAAGCCAGGUAUUUAUGCAUCGAGCACCAUCCUACACCAAGGACAGAUAGAAGAAGUCAGGAGAACAAACGGCGCCUACAGGAAAUAGCAGACAGGAAGCUGGAACUGCCUCAGACUAAUCCACCUUCGCCUUUCCUUCAUGGCAGAUACCAAUGCCACCCACUUCACCAACCCCUCCCUGGGCUGGAGACAGCCCACGUCUGGAUCUCCAUCCCCUUCUGUGCCAUGUAUGUCAUAGCCCUCUUGGGGAACUCCACCAUCCUGUUCAUUGUGAAGAAGGAGUCCAGUCUCCAUGAGCCCAUGUAUUAUUUUCUCUGCAUGCUGGCCGUCACCGACCUGGUCCUGACAACCUCCAUCCUGCCCAAAAUGUUGAGUAUCUUCUGGUUUAAUUCCAGGGAGAUCGAUUUCAGCGCCUGCCUCACCCAGAUGUUCUUCAUUCACUGCUUCUUUUCAAUAGAGUCUGGGAUCUUCGUGGCCAUGGCCUUUGAUCGCUACGUGGCCAUUUGCCAUCCCCUGAGAUACUGCACCAUCCUCACAAACCCUGUAGUGACCAAAUUUAGCCUGGCUGUGGUGCUGCGCAGCAGCAUAUUCAUACUGCCCAAUUUCUUCCUGGCCAGGCAGUGGCCGUACUGCAGAACCAACAUCAUCCCCCACACGUACUGUGAGCACAUGGCUGUGGUGAAGCUGGCCUGUGCCGACAUCAGUAUCAGUAGUUCCUACGGCCUUUUUGUGGUAUUUUUUGUGACAGGUCUGGAUGUGCUUUUUAUCAUGGUGUCCUAUACUCAGAUCCUCAGGGCCGUCUUCAGCCUCCCCACCAAAGAUGCUUGGCUCAAGACUUUUGGGACCUGCAGCGCUCACUUUUCUGCCAUUUUAGCUUUCUACAUCCCAGGUCUCUUUUCAUUUCUCACGCACCGGUUUGGCCACAACGUGGCCCUGCACUUUCACAUUCUCAUUGGCACCAUCUAUCUCCUGGUACCUCCCAUGUUGAACCCCAUCAUCUAUGGGGUGAGGACCAGGCAGAUCCGGGACAGACUACUCUGUCUAUUUAUUAAGAAAGAGACCUGA